UUUCUGAACGAUGCAGAAUUUAAUCAGUGAUUUGCUUACGCCGGAUCCUUCUUCCACCUCUGUGGCUCUACAGGAGCAGUGUUGGAUGCAUUUUGGAUGACGCAACUGACUUCUGUUCAUGUGUCAGCGAACAUCCUCCAAAAUUUCCAAUAUGGACCUUAAAUGAAUAUCAACCAAUAGCUAUAUUUUCCCAGCUUAUCCUGGAUUGAUGAAUUGCCAGGCUCUGAUAAAUGAGCCGACAGAUUUCAUCACCUUGACAGAUGCUUCCUUAGUGAUGCAUGAAGGCCCAGUUGCAACAUUGCCUGUUCUGCAGCACCCUGACAGGCAUAUAUACCCCCAGGCUGUGGGUGUCCCUUUGGUAAAAGUUCAAGGUCAAGCUCUCCCUCCGAGUGCAACGUCUACUAGCAAACCAAGAGCUAUGUCUGAACCUGCUUCUUUGCUGCAGUGUGAUCCUGAUCCUGUGGCCAGUAAUGCUCAAACAUGGCCUGGGAAGGAGCUGAAGGGGGACAACAGCUCCCCCUGUGAUUUACAUCAGGUAGACUCAAGGCAGAAUGGAUACUGUGGAUCCAGUCAGAGUUCAGACGUGGCUUUUGCAACAGGUCAGGACACGGGUGGAUUGGACUGUGGGGCUGCUCAUCAUAGUGAUCCAGGGAUGGAGACUGAGAAUGUGAAACACUAUGAAACUACACUCUGCCAUAAUGAAUCUGUUUCAGUUGAUAAAGAUCUGCAAGAACCAGAGGAAUGCUCUCUGGAUCUGCUAAGAAUAGUAAAACAUAAACCUAGUGCCAUUGUGUUCUGUGAUUAUGACUGUAACAAUGACAACCAGGUGCCCAAUGAGAGCUCAGACGGAGGAGAGUCUUCCUCAUCCACCGCAGGAGAGGGCGAGGGUGACGAUGACGAGGAAGACGACGAGAAUUUUCCUGAGACUUUACAAUAUAAGGAAUUCCUGGUCAGUCGUCGCCGUAGGGACAGGAUCAGGAAGUCCAUGAGGAAGAGACCGGAUGCCCAGCCUUACAGUACUUGUGGUUGGCAGAAGCCCACCAGCAAGGGGAAACCUGAGUUCACAGGUGGACAGGAGGAAGAGGAGGCACAGCAGAACAAUGGAGGAGAACAGGUGGCUGCGUGUGACACCAUGACCCUGCUGAUGAAAAAGCUGGAUCAGCUCAAUGAGGGGAUCCGGGAAGUCCAAAGAGACGGCUCCUCCCCCUCCGACCCAAUCAGUGCUGACCACGAGCAGCAGAACAACCUGGGUGCUUCAGCUGUGGGUAGGAUGGCAAGCCGAUCCCUUAGUCAGGAUCAGGGAGCCCCCAGAGCUCCAGACAAACCUGAGCUGCUGACCAGGCGCCGCUCUCGACCUUUGACCCGUAGCAGACCGCUGACCCGCUCCUCUCUCUCAUCGCCAAUGCAUCUUCAUGCUCGACGAGCCAGGGCAGCUGCAAGGAUGUCCAGUGGAUCAGCAGAGAUUGAGGCGAAAGAGGCCUGCGAUUGGCUGAGAGCAGCGGGAUUUCCACAGUACGCCCAGCUCUAUGAAGAUGGCCAGUUUCCUAUUGAUAUCUCCUCGGUGAAAAGGGACCAUGACUUCUUGGACCGAGAUCUGGUGGAGCCUCUGUGUCGGCGGCUUAACACUCUGAACAAGUGUGCCUCCAUGAAACUGGAUGUCAGCCAUCCCAAGAAGAAAGGCGAUGAUUCUGAUGAAGAUGACCCACUGGCUAUCAGUAAAAGGUGGACCUUCGAGUGGAGCAGCCGGCGCUGGUCCCGCCUGCAAGAUUUCCUGUUGGACGGCACCAAUGAAAGUAGCCCAACGGGACAAGGGGAGGGGCUGCAUAGCACAGUGAGCAGCGAGAGUGUUCUGACAGACCUGAGUGAGCAAGAGAUCACAGAAAUCUCCUCGGUCCACAGCGAGGAUUCUGCCUCCGCCAUGCCUGAUUCCAUAUCUAUGGCAUCCCUCUCGGCGUCUUACCAACCGCCCAGGGAUCUUCCACACUACAACUCCCUGCCGAUCAAGAGCAGCCGCCACGGGCAAGGAGGUCGAAGUAAAGCCAAAGAGUUUUUGCGGAGAAUGGAAAUAAUGCGCACUUGGGGGCCCUCGACCAGGCGGAAAAGCUCAAAUCGUCGCCCGCCGCUGGUCAUCAGUGGACCAGUGUUACAGGGGGAGGAGCCUCAUGCACUGCAGAUGCUCCAGUGUACUCCCAUCAGCCAAUUAGAGAACAGUCCUAAACACAACCACCAAACUGAUGAUAGCACUCUGUCGGCCACUCCUGACUGUAAAAACACGUCCACAGUGAUUGUGAGUCCCAGCAUUGAGACUGUGACGCCCACUGUGAAGGAGCCUGUCGGUCCAAAACCUCGCACUGCCAGCAAAAGAAGCAGUAUGUAUUUAGAGGACAUGGAGCUGCCUUCACAGGGUAAGAGGACUGAAGGGCAGAGUCAGUUUGGUAGAAACCAGUUCCACUCUUAUGAAAACCUCCUCAUCCACAUCCCCAAAGACCAUAAACCAGGCACCUUUCCAAAAGCUCUGUCCAUAGAGAGCCUCGCUCCGUCCCCUGGUGACGGAAACGAGGCGUCCCAGACAGACACCCAGAAUCGUUCACCCAACAGCGGCCUGGGUGAACCCUGGUCUGUCAAACCCCUAUCCAAACCCCCGUGUCCUGGAGCGCCGCGGGGCAGCAGGGUCAGCGUUUACGACAAUGUGCCUGGCUCCCACCUGUACGCCAGCACCGGAGACCUGCUGGACCUGGAGAAGGAGGACAACCUGUUCCCUCACCUGGAUGACAUCAUCCAGCACGUCAGCGGUUUACAGCAGAUUGUGGACCACUGGAGCCGGAGCGUACUACCUGAGGGGGACACUGAGGGGGAGGAAGAAGGGGAAGGCAGGACCACCCCCAGUGAAGGCGACAGAGAUGGGGUCUCGCUGAAUGACACUGAUUCUACAGGGACUAGUCGGGAGAGGCGAGAUUCUGGAGUCGGAGCUUCUCUGACAAGACCACGUCUACGAUGGCCCAGCUUCAGGACCUCUGAUCAUCUCAACCAGCCCACGUCUUCCCUCCACAUCAGUAGCCAAUCAGCAGGCCAGCUCAGUCUGCUGCAGAAGUUCUCUUUGCUCCGUCUCACCGCCAUCAUGGAGAAAUACUCUAUGUCUAAUAAACAUGGCUGGACAUGGUCUGUGCCGAAGUUUAUGAAGCGCAUGAAGGUGCCGGACUACAAAGAGAAGAGUGUGUUUGGUGUUCCCCUCAUCGUCCAUGUCCAGCGCUGUGGUUUUCCACUCCCUCUGUGUUUACAGCAGGCCCUUAGCCACCUCAAAACACACUGUCUGGACCAGGUGGGAUUGUUCCGCAAGUCGGGUGUGAAGUCUCGUAUUCAGGCUCUGAGGCAGCAGUGUGAGCUAUCUCCUGACUUUGUGAGCUACGAGGACCAGUCGGCGUACGAUGUGGCCGACAUGGUCAAACAGUUCUUCAGAGACUUACCUGAACCUCUGCUCACCAGCAAACUGGGGGAAACCUUCCUGCAUAUUUACCAGUAUGUCCCAAAGGAGCAGAGGUUGCAGGCUGUCAGAGCAGCCAUUUUGCUGAUGCCAGAUGAAAACAGGGAGGUGCUGCAGACGUUGCUGUGCUUCUUACGUGACGUCACUUCCUUGGUGGAGGAGAACCAGAUGACCCCGAUGAACUUGGCUGUUUGCCUGGGACCCUCGCUCUUCCACCUCAGUUUGCUGAAGAAUGAAACGUUGUCGCCGAGGUCAAUCCAGAGGAAGUACACCACCGGCCGUCCUGAUCAGAAAGACCUGAACGAGAACCUGGCUGCCACUCAGGGUCUGGCUCACAUGAUCACUGAGUGUCAACGUCUGUUUCAGAUCCCGGAGGAGAUGGUGACCCAGUCGCGUAACUCCUACAUGGAAGCUGAGCUGAUGGUGCCUCCGCUGGAUGAACUAUGCAAGACUCAUGAGGAGGAGGGGGAGGAGGAAGAGGAAGAUGAGGAUGAGGAAGGAUCCUAUCAUGCGCACCUAGAAAGUCUGGUGCAGAACCUACUGAAAGAAGCCAAAGAUAAGAGCAAAGGCUGGGUGUCGCGCUCAACUACUGACCACACUGAACUGGCUUUUAAAAAGGUGGGAGAUGGUAACCCUCUGAGGCGGUGGCGAGUUUACGUGGAGGUGCCAGCAGCUCCCGGUGAGGUGCUGCAGCGACUCCUAAAAGAGCGCCCCCUGUGGCAGACUGAACUGCAUCAGGAGAAGGUGCUGGAGACGCUGGACAAACAGACAGAUGUGUACCAGUACUCCUGCCGCAACAUGGUGCCUCAGUCCAGCUGUGACUAUGUGGUACUAAGAUCGUGGCGUACAGACCUGUGUAAAGGCUCCUGUGCUCUGGUGUGUGCGUCUGUCGAACAUGAGGACAGCCCUCGCAUGGGAGCGGUGAGGGGGGUCGUACUGGAGUCCCAGUACCUCUUAGAGCCCUGUGGAACAGGAAGGACUAGGAUGACACAUAUCUGCAGGGUGGAUCUAAGGGGAAGAUCUCCAGAAUGGUACAAUAAGGCCUUUGGUCACCUGUGUGUAAACGAAGUCCAGAGGAUCCGCUCUUCUUUUCAAACCCUCGACCAGAUGAACACAGAGGCAAAACUGUGAUCCCCCAAAGCAUAACCUUAAUCUUGGAUGACGCUGCCGGAACACCUGGGCCUGACAGACAGAAUCCAGGGCCCAAACUGUCCCAGCACCGGACCUUUAAACCCAGUCCUGGAUCUAGACGUCUCAUCACGCUGCUGAGCCACACUGAGCUUUGCUGUAUCGUACUGUACUGACCUACAGUCAUUUACACACAGACGAGGAAAGAAGCUUUUUUAUUUAAAAACAACACAAUUUUAAUUGCCUUAUAUUUAAUUUUCACAUUCAUCUUUUCUGUGAAACUUAUUUACUUAUUAAUUUUUAAAGCCAUUAUUAUUAUUAUUGAACUUACAAUUUAAAUAUUUACCAACUGAUUAAAUAAUUUUGUAUUUCUGGAGGUUUAGCACAAUUGGCCCUUAAAUAUACAUAAACAAUGGUUAUAGUAUAUAGGGAAAUUAUUUUUGUAAUUUAUUGCUUCAUGUCCAUGUCCAGUAACUGUAAAAACAUCUUUAAAAUACCUGUUUUGUCUGGUCCAGCACCCAGAUAUUCACUUUACUCAAUAAAUAAGACAAAUUUAAAAAGGAAAUUAUGAUAGAAAUCAGCAUUUGAUAUUUUGCAUGAAACAUUCCUGGAAAUACAAUUAUUGAAAAUAAGGGAUGACUGUUAUCUGUCAGUCACUUAAUGAUAAUCAACAAGGUAUUAACAUUACAUUACACUUUAAGUCAUAUAUCCCAUUUCCUUUGAUUAUUUGAAACGUAUUUAAUAAUGUAGAAUAAAGUCAUCAAGAUACACUGUAAUGACAAAAGUAUUAAGACACCCAACUAUUAUUUGUCUAAUUUUUAGGACUUCCUAUUCCAACUGAAUUUAUGCACUGCUACAGAGGGAUAACCCUCAAUGAUUUGAUGAAAAUGUAACAUAGUAUUCAUAAUUAUCACAAUAAAAGCCAAAAGAAUAUUUCUUUGAAGUUUAAAGGCAAAUUUGUCUUCCUGAGUGAAAGUUGACAAACACUUCAGAAUAUUGAAAUAUUGAAUUUAGAAUAUAGGAUCAAAAUGUCAAUGUUGAGAAAAAUUAAAUAAAGCAUUUUAAAAGCAUAGAUAUCUGUGUACUCUACACAAAACAAAUCCUAAAGAUGAAAUAAAAACGUUGAUUGCACUGAUAUGUAUUGCAAUACAAAAUUGCAUUGUGACAUUUGAUAUUAUCAUUUUGUAGCCCUGUCCGCUGUUAGCAAGGAAACACCUGAGUUCAACGUGUCCAAAAACUUUUGUCUAUAUAGGGCGUAUCUGAAACAAUGAAAUUAAUAAAUGAAUCCAUAAAAAAUUAAUCAACAGCAACACUGACGAUGCAUCUAAAUGCCUGUAAAUUCCAAUAUCAUACCUUGAGAAUCACCUGUAAUCUAAUGCUACCUGACCUUCCUGAAUCACACCUGCUGCCAACACAUACUUUCACCUUUAUAAAAUGCACUUAAAUAUUAUAAAGCCCUCUGAGGAUGGAGAUGUAUAAAAGUCUGUGCUCUAAAGAAAUCUGUGUGAACAGAAAUGACCGAGACCAGUACAAUACUGGUACACGCAUUACACACUACAUGGAGAAAGUGCAUUAGUUCAGGACAAACAUGAGGGAUUUGAUUUACACAAAGGGGAGACACUUAUCAGGUCCAUGAGUGUGCUUUUAACCCGGUUAUGGAUACAAAGUGUUAAUAUCACUGUUAGAUUUAGCUCUCAGUCACUAUUUUCAGUGUUAAUCUUAUCUAAAUGUUAUUUUAAAGUUAUUAUUAUUGUCAUUAUAUCUCUGUAUAUGGUAUCAUUGUUGCUUUUUUUUGCAGUCAUGUUAUACAAUGUCUAGGACAUGUGACCAUUUCACUGCUUCUGGGAAGCAUGUUUGAAACUAUGUGUGUAUGGGUGAGUGCAUGGAUGUGCCCAUGUAUCUGCAUUUUAGAUACAGCCUAUGUUGUAAAUAAAACGCUCUCUGUGCCAGCGGAUCAGACAUCAUAGCUUAUCAGGGUCUUCCUAUCAUAUUGAUAUGCUGAAAUGUGAACUUCACAAACACCAUCCUACUAAAGCAAUAGUCAACUAAAGCUUGCUCCGCCAGGGCACUGCCUCGGCUUUUUUUUUUUUUUUUUUUUUUUUUUUUAGUUGUAGGCAGCGUUGCUAUGGUGUUGCUAUGAUACAAAAUCUCUACAGUGCCACCAAAAUCCUGCGUGGAUGCUGCGUGCUUGGGAACAGUGUGAUGUGUAGGUGUGUCUGGGUGUGUUUGUGUAUGUGAAAGAGGGAGUGAAUCUGACAUGAGCCUGUUUCUGAGUGGGAAGAGGCUCCAAACCUAUAGCUGAGUAGCUGAGACCGCUUGGUUAUUUCAGACAAAGUGCUAGAAAGCAGAAUCAUUGUUUCUAAA